GGUACCUCCCUCUCACCCCCCAGCACUCAAGCGAGGCCCCCUGCCCCGCCAGCCGCCAGUGGCACUGAAACCCGGCCCGCAGCCGCCAUCAUCAUGGCCGACCGGAAGAAGCAGGCGAUGCCAUGGUCUGAGUGGGAGGGGCGGCUUAAGAAGAUGCACGACUCCAACAGCAGCUCGGACAUCGCUUCUCUCAAAGGCAUCGCAGCCAAUGAUCGAGUCACGUGGGAGGUCGGGUGCAUCCAGCGGUGUCCGGAUUGGCAGUUCCGCACAUCAGGACACUUCUUCCGCAGGGGGCAGGAGGGUGUGUGCGGCUGCGGCUAUGGGCAGGCGGCGGCCAUCGAGGCCUUCAAGGCCAAGCUCAAGGCCGGGCGCGUCGAGUUCGGCUCCACCGUCACCUUCGGCUUCGCCCCAGUCGACCUGUCGUCGUGCCCGCACAGGACCGGCGCCACCGUCGUGUCCCGCCCCUCUCUCCACCAGUACAAGACCAUCAUCGCGCUGACGGCCUUGGUGGGUGGGCGGCUGGUCGAGCGAGAGGUGCCUCCUCGCACCAAGGGCGAUCCACAGGCGGCCCAGAAGUACAAGCUCCCCGAGCAGGCACGAGAGCUGUACGACGCCAUGCUGAGGUGUCCAUGUCACGGCCACCCCCUUCUCGAGCAGGCGCAGCGCCCAGGGUGGUGGCAGAAAGAGUGGGACGACCGCAAUGGGAUGGCCAACCUGUGUGAGUGCACCAGCCACCUCGAGGCCCUGAGCCUCGUCAGGAGGGAGGGCUUGCUCGUGCAAGGAGGGGCGACGUGGAAAGGUGCGCGCGACACAGACACACGGACAGGGGCGAGUAGGGCAAGCUCUGCAUUUCUGUCUUGCCUCUGCAGCUCUCCACUCAAGGGAGUCAGGAUGGUCCCCUUCAGCCAUCGCCCCCCCUCGCCCUCUGGCCAUCGCCCCCCCUCGGCCUCUGGCGCCGCACCGCCCAACCCCAAGUAAGUCCGCGGCCACCCAUCCCAUCCCUAACCCUCUCAUUCCCUCCAUGUCUGUGUAUGUGUGUGUGUGGGUGGGUGGGUGGGUAGGUGGGUGGGGCGUUCAGGACCGUUGUCGCAUCAGAGUCCCCCGCCCGUCGCUGGUCGAGUCGCCAUUGGGCAGCCCUGUCGUCCACGCGCCCCGGCAGUACCACCAAACCCUUCACACCCACCACCCCUCCCAUCGUCAGCGAGCCCAGCAAGGCCCCCUGCCACGCCGCAGGCAGCGGCACGCCCCCCUCCCCAGCCACCCGCAGCUGCCUCAGCUGCCUCUGGCAACGGUAACAUCGAUGUGCUCACCCUGCAGCUGGCGCAGAAGAUGCAGCAGCUGAUGCAGCAGCGCAAUCUGGACCCACACCAGAUAGACGAGGUCCUGUCCAUCGGCCUGCACACCCUCGGCACCAAUGCCCCCCCUGCGCCAGCUCGCCCACCCACGCAGCAGCCCAAGCCGCACCCUGCGCUUCCCAAACGCCUCUUGCCUGACACCGACAGCAGCCCACUCAUCGGCAAGUGGACCGCCAAGGCCCUGGCCAUCUCGGACGGGGCCAAGGGCGUCCCGGUGACGGACUGGGUGCAGAGGAAGCUCAAGGGGCCGGCGAGGCAGGACGGUGGACCAGCGCCACCGUCCUUGACGCAGCUAUCCAGCAGCGGCAAGUUGGUCGAGUUCCUGCUGAAGAGCGACCAGCUGGCCGACUAUCUGCUGUUCGCCAAGCUCCCGCAGCUGCAGAUACGUCAUCUGAAGGGCACAUCGCAGAGGAGGGGCGGCAUCCAGCUGCAUCCGCAGCCAGGGCUGCCACCGAAGGAGGAGGACGGGGGCCCGUUCGACAUGGACCAGAGGGCGGGGUGGGUACCAGCCGUGCCCAUCACGUGCACCCAAUGCCCCGACCCCUUCGAGUACCUCUGCGACGACCUGUUCAUCGUCUUCCCGCCCGAUGGCACCAAGUGCCCCUGGUGCAACAUCGCUGUGCUGGCGUUCAAGGACAUGAGCAAGCAAGUGCCGCGUGUCGUCAUCCACUUCGACGGCACGUUCAAGAUCGUCGGCGUCUUGCUCUACUGCAGCACUUGCAAGAUGUCGCGCGAGAGCACCCAUCCUCGCCUAAUCAGGUGACAACCACAGGGGAGCCACACGCGCGCACAGAUCACCUCCCCCUGCCCGUGUCAUCCCCGUGUGUGUUUUCUUGCAGCACGUACCCUUCAUCGUUCCUCAGGCAGCUGCCGUGUGAUCUCCACCGCUCCAUGCUCUUCUCUCGCGAGUUGUCGGACUACAUCAUGAGGCAAGGGGGCAACAACAGCGCCAGCUUCGCACGCGUCACCGAGUACAUCCGGCAGUCCCAAAUCAGAGCGCGCAUGUCCCUUAUCGACCAGUACAACUCCCACAUUCACCAGUACCGCGCCCACUUGGCAUUGUCCCUCCCGGCACAAGUACACAGAGACAUGACAUCCCAUCGCCUUUCUCCCUCUGUUCAUCUUGCUGAUGGCCGUCAGGACGUGCCCAAGGUCGAGGACUUCAUGCCGAUGCCGACCGACGUGUCCACUCCAGUCGACUCCACCAUCAUCAGCCACUAUGUGGCGGUGGGCCUGCAGAGAGAGAGCAUGAUGAACGCACUCAUGUUGCGGCUGAAAGGCCGCAUCCUUUCACAGGACUGGAAGCACAUCAAGCAGGUCAGCAACACGUGAUGGCCCGCAUGCAUUCCCUCACCUCUGUGUCCUCUGUGUGGUGUCUGUGUGCGUCAGAUGAGGAACGCAACCCAGAAGUGCCGACUCUUCACCGUCUGCAACGAAAUAGGAUUCGUCAUCGCAUGGACAGUGACCGUAGGAGAGGGGCAGGGGGAGAUUCGGCACCUCCUGGGUUCCCUUCGUGACUACUUCGUCAAGGAAGGUGUCAAGCCGCCCAUAGCGGUACGUGCAGAGAAAGAAACGGCCCGCCGCUUGAUGUGCUCGACGUGUGUUUGAUGUGUGCGUCUUGCUGCAGGUGUACAAGGACACCGACUGCUGCCGCCAGACGGGGAUAUCCGUCUGGCAGGAGAUGUGGCCGCAAAUCCUUGAGUUGUUGGACAUCUUCCACAAGGCGCAGCGGCUGGCCAAGGCUCUGCAUCAUGGCCACCAGCUGGAGGGGGCCUUCUGGCGUGAUUGGGGAGAUGUGUGUCCGCCCCUCGCCCCCACACAAGCACACAGAAAGUUGCACACAUGAAUACCAGUCCAGCACCUCUCCAUGCAUGUCUUUGGCUGUGCAGAUCACUUGGCAGCUCAACAGUGAGGACAUCGACCUGCUGAUCAAGGCCGUCAUCCAGGAUGCCAACUACCCCGACAUCACCACCGUCUCUGCGGCCUGGACUUGGCUCAAGACUCAGGCACGGCAUCUGCUGAACAAGCACGUCCGGAGGGGCACCUUCGACCGGUUCACCUACGCGUGGAACCUGUUGACGCUCUAUGAGAAAUACCAACGUAAGCCACUUCACUCUCUCGCGACACUGAGACUUGCAUUUGUGUGUGUGUUUCGCUGUCUUGUUCCUUGCCUGUCAGCCUACUCACUGUUCAAUGACAAGGCGCCGCAUGUGUUCUAUCUCAUCAUGCGCCACGUCAUGAAUGGCUGCCUGGAGGAUCCCCCAGAUGGCGGCCUCUUCUACCAGACCGGGUCAGCCAACCACACACCUACACACACACACACAUCGAUGCAUGGAUGAAUCCCUCCCUCCUGCCCAGACCUCCCUCCACCCUCCCUCCUUCCUUCCCUCCCUCCCUCCCUCCCUCUCUUUCCCUCUCCAUCCCUUCCUCCCUCCCUCUCUGUCUAUCCCUCCCCCGCUGCCUCCCGCCCUCCUUCCCCCACAACACACAGACACACACAGCCAUGGAUGGAUGGAUGGACUCCGCUCUGUGUGUGCAGAUCCGUGCACUAUGGGACAGCGAAGAUCGAGCUUCCCAUCUAUUCCACAGCACGUGGUACGAACAAGAACGAGUCCGUCAACUCCUUUGUUAGCGCCGCCAUCCAUGGCUCUGUGAUGGGUACGUACGCCACGACAAGCGUGACUUGUUUCCACCGCAUUAGUGCCUGCCCUUCUGUUCAGGUGCCCCCCUGAUGCAAGUCAAGCUCACGCAGGCCUUCUUCGAGCACAACAUGAGCAAGUCCAAGAAGCUAGGAUUCGGCCACUUGCCUCUGGCCGACCCAUCCAUGUGUUUGGACUUCGUCGACCGUGCCUCGUCCAUGCGGCUCGCCGGCAACGGCGAUCGCCCAAAUCUAGAGGGUAUGCCAAUACACCCAGAGGCGGGCCAAUGCACCCUGGGGGAUGCCCUCACGGAUGCAGUGCCAUCGUGCCGUGCGCUCUGUCCUGUCGUGUCUCUGUGCUGUGCAGAGAUGCACAAGUUUGUGGCCAAGUUCAGCCCAGUUGACGUGAACGAGGGGCAGAACGUGGUUUUCGGCUUUCGAGAGGCCGACUUUCGAAGGCGUCAACAAGCGCAGCAGACUGCAGGUACGCGCGAAGCACUGACAUGCAGCAAAGAGACCUCGGACAGCGCAUACAGGCCUUCGGUACGAAUGUGUUGUAUGCAGAUAGUGGCCAGGGAGUGGAUGAGAUCAAUCUGCAGGCUGAUGGCGUCUUCGAGUUCGAUGUCUCGGCUCAGGAGGAGGCGCCCACGGCUGCCCUGGAGGCCUUCGAUUGCAGUGGCGACCGAGCCAUCAGCACCCGCCUCAACCACGUGGUCACGGCGCCACUCCUUCUCCAGCAGCCCUCCUCCCUCACCAAGGCCCCCACUCAGUCGCCCCAGUCGCUCGGCAAGCUGAUGGAGAAUCACAAGGCGCUCGCAGCGGACGGCAUGUGGGACGACGACCAUCUUCAGAAGGUCGUCGACUCUUCAGAGUCCUACUUGUCCUACUGCAACCGCUCCAUCCAGCAGCUGCGAGAGAAGGCCAUCCAAGCCAAGAACGGCGCUGCCAAGAAUAAGGCCAAUAAGCAGUCGGCCGCCGCCAGCAGCGAUGGCCGCAAAAGCCUGGAGAACAUGAACGCCACCGGCCCCAGCCACUACCCAGAGGUCAUGCGGCAGAUCCUCUUGCAGCUGGCCCGAAAGCAUGGUGGGUGGCGGGGGGAGAAGGGCAAGAUGGUCUUCGACGAGUUUCAAGUUAUAUAUGCCCAGGUGAGCCGCCACGUCAUGAAGGAACAAGGAUUGGUGGGCCACAUCUUUCUGUUGGUUGGUUCAGGUCAAGGCUGUCAAUCCAGAUGCCCCCCUCCGCCAGGCCUCCCUGUUCCACAUCACCGACUUCUUCAAGAACCUCCGCACGUACUGGAACAGCUGCGACCUCGCCGCGCCGCACACAGCCGCUGAGGAGGUCCCGCGAGGCAGCAAUAAGGGCCCCAGCAGGAAGCACUGCGCUCCCUACGCCGCGCACCUCAGGCAGUACCCCCACACCAGCCGCAACGUGCAGCCUGCAACCUUCUCGCCGCACGAGUCCCUCAUUUCCCCCUCCCCACUCCGGUGACCUGCAAGACCACUCACAGACAGACAGACAGACAGGCAGACAGACAGACAGGCAGGCAGGCAGGGAUGGAUGCAUGUGUGCGUGCGUGAUACCUGCUGCCUGUUCCCUCAUGCGCACGGUGGACAUCAACAGGUGGUCUGCGUGGGAGAGAUCGACACACAGGGAGUGUUUGAUUGGUUGCUGUGUUUCCCGUGCUUUCCUUCCCUGACCAUUUCCGUGGAUUUCCUGUCAUUUCCGGAGCAAUGUCCCCUUAUGCAGUCGAAGCCGGCCUAAAGGCCUUCUUGGCUCGCUUCGCUCGCCGCCUCCUCUCUCUUUCUGUUACGACCGAGGUCGCCUCGAUACACUCACCCAGUCCUCCACCUGCAUGCAGGCAGGGAAAAAGCCAGACAGACAUACAUACGAUGGAUGGAUGGAUGAAUGUGUGUGUGUGUGUGUGUGUGGCUUUUGGUAUCGCCCGAAAGGGGGUGAAGUCAACACGUGUGAAGGUCGUUCAGGUGUCGAAUCGUGCCUUCUCUGCUAGUCAGGAAUCGCUCUGCUAGGAGGGACCUUGGCCAUGCGUGGCUGCAGUGAUCGAUGACCUGCAAGACCACUCACAGACAGACAGACAG